GAGAUACUAAUGGAUAUAUAUAUAUAUAUAUAUAUAUAAUUACAAAACACACACAUAGAUAGAUAUUAUAGUCCACAAAGUUUCACAAAUUUGUGGAGUGAAAAAAAGAGAUAUCUUUCUUUCUUUCUUUUUCAUUUGCAGAGCCAAAAAAAGAGGAAGAGAAUGGCUGCAACAAUCAAACAUUCAUUUCUUUCUUCUUCAAAUCCAAUUCAUCUCCCCCCAAUCUCCACAAACUUUCUCAAAUCCCACCCUUCCUCCACCAAAAUCUGCCACAAACGUUUAGGUUUCUCGACACCGCGUCUCAAAAUCCUGAAAUGUACCUCGGAAUCCAACGAUCAAGCUCAAAACGAUUUCAAUUUGAAGAAUGCUCUGUCCAGCAUGGUUGGUGAGCAAGUUGAGGAGCUUUUGAAUAGGGAAGAGAAUAGGAGUUUGCUCGAUGGCUUGGAGAAGGCGUCGAUGAGAGUUGAAAUCGCGAAAAAACAGCUUGCUGAGAUUGAGAAACAGGAACUUGAGCUCAAACGAUUCAAGGAUUAUGUUAGCCAGCUUGAAAAUAGAGCAUCCGAGAUUGAAGAAUGUCAAAAGGAGAUAUUGGAGGCAAGAGGGAUGAUUGAGGAGGCCGAGCGCUCUCUCGCACAAAGUGAGGGUGGAAAUGCUAUAAGAGAUGGAGAAGACGGAGGACUUGAUAGAGAUGAAGAGAGAUUUGAGUCUGUAAAAGUAGCCUCCAUAUCAGCCAUUGUUGGCACACUUGCAGGACUGCCAAUCUUUCUUAAUCAAGUGAACAGCACUUCUCAGCUUCUACUCCCUACAGCUAUCACAUUUAUUAGCUGUGCCUUGUUUGGAGUUACUUUCCGAUACACGAUAAGGAGAGACUUGGAUAAUAUCCAACUCAAGACUGGAACAUCUGCCGCUUUUGGCUUCGUUAAAGGUCUUGCAACACUAGAUGGUGGAGUCCCUUUGGAGUUGAGUGCUGAGAGUUUCUCUUCACAUGUUAUUGAUGCAGCUGUGUAUGUAUCUGAAAACCUUUACAUAUUUAUUUGUGCUGCUGUUGCACUAGAUUACUGUUUCAAGAUGAGUUUAUUGAGCCCUUUUCCUAUAAGAAAAUCAAUAUCAAGGGUUAACUAGUUAUAAAGUUCAUUUCAAGAAAAAUUAAAUUCAGUUAAUGUUAUCUAAUUCCCUCCUCAACCAAUAGGCUAUUGCUAAGCUAAUAUCACAUGACCUUGUAUUUCCAUGGGCCAUGUAUCUUAUUCUUGAAACAUUUAUACUUGUUAGGAUUCAGAAGAAGCAGUUUGAUUCCUAAAUGGAUACUAAACGCUUGAACUUGUCA